AUGAGGACGGAGCUAGUAUUCUCUUUAGUGGUCGCGCUGGUCACAGCCACACAAGUGGCGGAGAUUUGUAGUGCAGCCACAAUUGCCAUGCGCCCACGGCCGCCACUCCCACGAGGCAUCCCGCCACCACCAGCUGGGAUCAUCGCCAGCAACCGAUUGCAACUGAACGGCCAGCUCGUUUUCGCCACGGUCGACCAGCCGGGUACCCAGUGGCUGGUUCGUGACAGUGAGGGGGUGCUGAUACCGCUUGGCAAGGGGUAUCAACCUCCGGCGAGGGACUCGAAUGGCGAACCGUUAUUGCCGGGCUCUGUGGUACAGCUGGACUGUGUCUACAAUGUGACAACUGGCGAGUGCAUACCCGAUGCCUCUACAAUUAUAAUCGCUGGAAAAUCCACAACGUCCCUGGUGACCUUAGACCCCACCAUCCCACUACGUCUUCUGGUCAUUAUCCUGGAUUACCCCCAAUGUGGCUUCCCUGCCACUGUCACCGAGGAUGAUAUCCGCACAAUCUUCCUCGGUCCAAACCGUGAUGGCAACGGGGGUAUGGCACAAAAAUUCAGACAGUGCUCCUACAACAAUUUUGGACUCAAUGUCACUGCGUUGAGGGUUGUCCGUGUGACUGAUAAUUGCACCACACCGAUAUCAAGUACUUGUAGCUACUGGGCAAUGCAGUUCAAAGCAGACCAAGCUGUCAGGGCCAUCAUCGGCCUUGGGGCGUUCGUAUCAUUUACCCACUACGCCUACGUGCUCCCACCAGCCUUGCGGGGAAAUUGCGCUUGGGAAGGGUUGGCCAUCGUACCCAGCGGCCAUGUGAUGUUUUUGCAAACUUCCGUCUACGGUCUGUAUAGAUGGGGAACCAUCAUGCAGGAGGCCCUCCACGACUACGGGCUGUGGCAUUCAUGGCGUAACAACAUCGAGUACGAGGACCGCUCAACUGCCAUGGGCCGUGGCAACGCCUGCCCCAACGCUAUGGAGAUAUCCUGCAUGGGCUGGGCCACCCCUGCGACUGGGGGCGGCCAGCUUGACAAGGAUAAGCUGUCUCCAGCAGGAUCGCCCCGGACCUUUUUCCUGCCAGCCACUUCCCUCACCGGCAACUACAGCUUCUUGCGUGUGCUGCCAAACUGGCUAAAUGACACAUACAACAGUCCAAACGGUAAAAACCUGUAUAUUGCCUUUCGCGUUGCAAAGAAUGGUGACGAGGCUCUGGAAGCUGAGUUUGCAUCCAAGAUAAACGUGCAUGAAGUCAACGCUACGAUGGACAAUGGCUGCGCAAAAGAUAUCUACAGCAAACAGGACCGCAAAAUUCAGUUCAUUGGAGCGACGGAGUCCAUGUCCCAGAUGGUAUUAGAUGCUUAUAACUUGAUUGUAUACGCCGGAGCCUCUUUUGUUACGGACAUCCUGAGGGUGCAUCUCUGCCGCUAUGUGACCUCACCGCUGGAGUGUCCCUCCCUCAGCAUGCUGGAAGGCAUUGCCGUGAAAACAAGCCCACCAUUCGUCCCACCGCCACCAAGCCCACUAUUAACAAGCCCACGUCCCCCGAGCCCACGACCCCCGAGACCAUCACCACCAAGCCCACCGCCGCCACCAAGCCCACCGCCGCCGCCAAGCCCACCGCCACCACCAAGCCCACCGCCGCCACCAAGCCCACCGCCGCCACCAAGCCCACCGCCGCCACCAAGCCCACCGCCGCCACCAAGCCCACCGCCGCCACCAAGCCCACCGCCGCCACCAAGCCCACCGCCGCCACCAAGCCCACGACACCCCCCUUCACCGCCACCAAGGCCACGACCCCCCCGUCCACAGCCACCAAGCCCACCAAGCCCAAGCCCGCCCAGUCCGCGCACUGAUAAUGUGGUCGCCUGGAUUACCCAGCCUGAUACUGGCCGUAUUGUGCAGUUCUCAAAUUCUGGUGUAGCCGGCGACCUGCUGCUUGCCCCGGUCGACACACAAAGGUCGAACUAUUCUCAAAUGUGGCUGAUCAAAGUGGUGGACACUGAUGCUGCCGUACACACGGUGCAUCCCAGUCACAACACCAGUUUGUGUUGGGGUGUAAGAGGGGGCUCAUAUGAUGACACGGCUGUGGUGGAGUUGCAACCAUGCCUAGAUGGUGGCAGCUUGGCAAAGCAUCGCAAAUGGAUCAUCCAGCAGUCCUGUACCCCGGGACAGGUCCAUCUUUUUGCACAACACAGCGGCAGUUGCCUGGACAUAUACAUGGCACAAAGCAGGGUGAUUCAGUGGGGCUGCCAUUGGGGACUCAACGAGCGCUUUAUGAUCCGUGGGUGGAACCAGCAAGGACUUGUGACUUCUACACCCUGGUACGCUACAGCCCAAUCACCAUGGUUUACCUGUGAUGGCAACACUCCCGGCGACCCGCCUGCGUGGGUUCUACCGCUGGGGGGAGGCGGUAUCGUUCAGGCUCUGGCCGCUGCCGGCGUAACAGGCAGCGGACUUAUUGCCCGAGGUGGCUCACAGACACAGUCCCCAUCCGAAAUGUGGCUGGUCAGGACGGAGGACGCUCCGGCUGCAAUUCACACCUUUCGCCUCAGCAAUAACAUGAGCUUGUGCUGGGGAGUACGAGGAGGAUCAAUGGACAACGGCGCUGCGGUGGAGCUGCAGUCGUGCCUAGGUGGCGAUGGUGGUGAUAACCUGCUGCCAGACCACCGCAAAUGGAUCGUCCUAGACUCCUGCAUCGUGGGCCAGGUCUACAUGGUUGCGAAGCAUAGCGGAAAAUGCAUCACCAUGGAUUCAGGAAGUGGCAAUCAGCUGGUUCAGUUGGACUGCAAUUGGGGCAACGCGCAGCUCUUUGGCAUUCGUGGCUGGAUUCAGACAGGACUUCCGAUUGCGCCUUCUACAGUGGAGUACAGUUCAGCAGGCAAUCCGCGGUGGUUUACCUGUAAUGGAACCACAGCCAUAGGCGAGUCUCCAUCGUCAUGCUUUCAAUACACAAAUAUAGCAGGCUACAAUAUUCGCUCUGUUUCGACAGCAGACAUGAAAGAAUGCAGAGCUGCAUGCAACACGGAGCCAAGUUGUGUUUUCGCUGUGCGCAAUGAUGCUCCACUUUGCUACUUGAAAAGCGCGCCCUUAUACGGCCCCGACGGCGUCAACGAGGAGGAUGGUGCUAUUGAACAAGCAUGCUGGAUCCGUGCUAACUAUGGGCGCUUCUAUUGCAUCGACAAUUGGGAUGUCAACGGAGACCCUGCAGCAGUGAGCAGCAGCAGCAGCACAGACUACGUGGACUGUUCUAUGGCUUCUUACCAACAAGGCUACAGCCUGGACCAGUGCAUGAACGAGUGCCUCGGCAAUCCUUAUUGUCAGUUCUUUGUGCUGUCAACCAAUGGCGAUUGUUAUCUCAAAACGCACCCCAUGCGCGGUACCUGUGGCGUCACGGAGUACAGGCCCGAUAUUGCAAGGUCUUGUUUCCAAGUGUAUUAACGGCGAUUGACAAACUUGUUACUUAAGUAACUGGCAGUCGCUUAUUGCUCAAUCAAUCAAUCAACAUACACAACAGCUGGAUGCGCCCGCAGAUUAUCAGUCCUUCAUGAUUAUUCCGCGGAAUCUCGACGGCCGCCUUUCUCAGUUCUUCUUUUGGCUGGUCUGCUGCCCGAGAUAGAUAGAACUUCUGUAAGCGCUAAUCAGUAGCAUCAGAAGCAUAAUCAUAAUGUCGUUGACAUAUAUAUUAUCAGCAUUAAGCUUUUCAAUGUGCCUGUCAAGCAGAUGUCCAUCAUGGAAUGCAGCCUCGGUCGUCCAAGAAUGAAUUUCUCUGAUCCGAGGUCUUUGAAUCCUGUAUGUAUCUGUGAACUGCGUGUGUAGUAGCUGGCCGCUGAAAAGGCCUCACGAGAUGCUGGCGGAGCGCCUUCGUGGUUAUUUAAACACACGUAUUUAUAUACAAAAUUGUAGAUGAUAUGUGUGCUGUAUUAUGCACACCGGCUACAGCGUGGGUACGCGGUCUGAAAGACCAUAUGUGCGUGUUCGUGGGUGCCCGUGCAUGUGCAUGGGUGGGACGCUCGUAGAUGGGUGGACGGCAUAUCUACCUGAUGCUGGUGAGGAUUGCGUCAGUCGGUUUCAUUUUUCUCAUUUCAAGCACCCUUGCACCAUGCGGUUGACGCUUCGCAUAUCUUCACAAUUACACAAACACACAUACACAAAUGCACACAAACACACAUAUACACGCAUGCACGCCACCGACACUCUACAUGUUAGAUGGCUGCGUGCAGAAGAUUUAUUCAUUCAUAUACGUACACCUUCCCUAGAGUUAGUUGUUAACAAUACGUAAAUGGUAAGUCCCGGUGCCUUUCAGCAUGCGCUGUAAAAUGAGCUAUUUAGUUAGUAAUAGAAUGUUACCAGCUAGUCUAUAUGUGUGUCUGAUAAAGCGCUACUUAUUAGCUAGCGACGCGACGACGAAAUAGAGAGAUGGAGGGAAGGCAAUUUGUUUGUCCGUUAUACAUAGCGGAUAUUCCAUCUGGUCGUUGCUUGCUUAUCUUAUCUUUUGCUAUUGCAUUUAUCUGCUGCUGGGAGAUAAGAGUGUGAACGCACGUGCGUGCUGCUGAGGAGCUAAAGUUGUGCAAGCAUGCGCAAAACUCCAUGCACUCAUAAGUAGCUUAAUCAGGAUGUAAUGGCAUACAUGCUAUGACCCUAGUAUAUGUACGUCAGUAGGGCAUGAUAGGCGUCAUUAUGCCCUACUGAUAGGCGGUGUGUGGUGUGGUUGUUACAGUGGGCUCCAGACUCCCGAAGAGUAGAGCCAUCGGGCCAGCUGGCCGUGCACUGCAGUAGAGACUAAUAUACCAAAAGAUUAUCAUCUCAGAUAAUUAACCUCUCAUCUGUAACCGCUCUCGCGAACAA